AAGGAAGACUUGAAAUGUAGCGCUUGUCGAGAGACCACCUGAACCUAUCAGAACAAUGCAUGCACCAAAAACAGAAAAUAAGCCAUCAAUGCACUGUGCUGUUGAAGGAUCCGCGAGGUGAAAAGAAUCGGGCUUUGGGGGACAGUGGGAGUAGGGAAGACAACUAUCAUGCAUAAUUUGAAUGAUGAUGUGGAAAUCAGCAAAAUGUUUGACAUUGUAAUUUCUGCGUCGGUAUCCAAAGAAAGUAGCAUAGAGAAGUUGCAAAAGGCAAUUGCACAGAGGCUUAAAUUGAACACUGAAGGGAUCAGUGAUCCGAAGGAAAUAUCGUGGAGAAUAUCAGAAGAAUUGGAGAACAAAAGAUACUUGCUUCUUCUUGAUGAAGUUUGGAAUGUUUUUGAUUUACAGGCAUUAGGAUUACAUGAUAACAACCGGGAUAGUAAGGUUGUGUUAGCAAGUAGAUACAAACAUGUUUGUUCGGAUAUGGAAGUUGAUGAGUUCAUCCAUGUGAAAAGGCUGUCCCCAACAGAGGCAUGGAAUAUGUUCUGGGAGAAAGUGGGUAGGAACAUUAAUCUGCCUGAUGUUGAACCGUUUGCCCGUGAAGUGGUAACUAAAUGUGCUGGUUUACCACUUCUGAUUGACAGAGUUGCAAGAUAUUUUAGGAGGAAGGAUAAUGUUAAUCUUUGGAGGGAUGGAUUAAGAAGCUUGCAGAGAUGGUCUAGUGUCAAAGAUCGAGGCAUGGACGAAGUUCUUGAAUUUUUGAGAUUAUGUUAUGACAAAUUAGAUGAUGAAGGGCAAAAGAUUUGUUUCUUUUAUGGCUCACUGUUUCUUGAGGAUUCUGAUGUCUAUGUAGAUUACUUAUUGGAGUGCUGGAGUGCAGAAGGCUUUCUGAGUGAUGCAAUUAAUUUUACCGAAGCUCGUGAUCGGGGGCAUGAUCUCAUUGAUGUUUCCUUGCUGGAAAGAAGUGAAAAAAUAAAGCAUGUUAGAAUGCAUAAGGUGCUCCGGAACAUAGCCCUCAAAAUUUUGUCAGAAGAAGGAUUCUAAAUUCUUUGGUGAAAGCUUGUGAGGGGCUGAAAGAGGCCCAAAUCAAGAAGAUUGGAAAAUGGCAAACCACAUAUCUCUGAUUGAAAAUCAACUGUGCACAUUACCGAAAACAGUAGAUUGUUCUUCUCUCCUAACCCUGAUGCUGCAGAAAAAUAAAAAGCUAACAUUAAUUUCAGACUUGUUUUUUGGAUCUAUGGAAAAGCUCCAAGUUCUAGACUUGCAUGUCACUCAAAUCACAUCCCUGCCAAUAUCAAUGUUGUCCCUGAUAGCUCUAAGAGCACUUUAUCUAAAUUCUCGCAGCCUUUUAACUGAACUUUCUACUGACUUGAAAGCAUUGGUGAAUCUUGAGGUUCUUGAUAUCCGAGACACUGGAAUUGACUAUUUGCCGGUUUAGAUUGGGGACUUGCUUAAUUUGAGAUGCUCUCAGAUUUUCUUAUCCAAUUCGUGUAUGAGACGGAUGAUUGAGGGACGGUCAAGAGUCAUGGACAUUGGUCACAGUGUCAUCUCUAGGGAAGAGCUUAGCAUUGAUGUGCAUCCUAAUAACGGAUGUGGCUGUAGAGGCAAUUACCCAAGAAGUGGCUACCUUGACAUGCUUGAAUUCUCUAUCAUUUUGUUUUCCUUCUGUUGAGUAUCUAACAAUUUUUGUCAGUAGCAGCUCACUCUUGACGAAUACUUGCUUCACCUUCCAAUUAUGUGGUGGUUACCAUGAGUCUACCAGAUACCGAAUCCUUAAUCAUUUUGAGUAUGAAAUCGGCAAGUGCUUAAAAUAUGCAAAUGGGGUCAGUGUUGAUCAUGCAAUUUCUGCUGUACUUGUUAAAACUCAUGCCUUUAAACUUUUAUGUCAUAAGGGAAUUUCAAGCAUAUCAGACUUUGGCAACGCUAAUAUUAACAAUGCACGUGGUUGCCUGAUUGAAGGGUGCUAUAAUAUUGAAGCCAUGGUUGAUGGCAACCAUUCCACAGAUAAUGCAUUGGAAUGCAUGGAGAAGAUAGUUAUAAACGAUGCCCUGAAAUUGACAUGCCUUUGGAAUGGUCCCAUCCGAUCUAGAAGCCUAACGCAACUAACUUCGCUAAGUAUGUGUAAAUGUCCAAAAUUGAUGAAAAUAUUCUCUUGUGGCAUGAUUCAACUACUUUCUAAGCUUCAGUAUUUGAGAGUUAAAGAGUGUAAUGAGAUUAGAGAGAUCAUCAUGAAAGCUGAAAACAACAAUUUAGACCCUAGUACACUUCCAAGUCUAAAAGACUCUUAUACUUAUCGAUCUGCUUAAGUUGAGAAGCAUUUGGACUAAUAACUCCUUGUUGUGGCCAUCACUAGAGGGCAUUACUAUAGAAAGUAGUUGAAUCAUACUACAGGAGAAUAUUUUCGUCAGUUUUGGACAUUUACAAAUACUUAGCGAAGUUAGUUGCGCUGGGCUUCCAGAUCGGAUGGGACAAUUUCAAAGGCAUGUCAAUUUUGGGGCAUCGUUUAUAACAAUCUUCUCCAUACAUUCCAAUGCACCCUCUGUGAAAUGGUUGCCAUCAACCAUGGCUUCAAUAUCAGAGCACCCUUCAAUCAGGCAACCACAUGCCUUGUUAGUAUUGACGUUGCCAAAGUCUGAUAUGCUUGAAAUUCCCUUCUGGCAUAAAAGUUAAAAGGCAUCAGUUUUAGCAAGUACAGCAAAAAUUGCAUGAUCCACACUGACCCCAUUUGCAUAUUUCAAGCACUUGCCAAUUUCAUACUCAAAAUGAUCGAGGAUUCGGUAUCUGGUAAACUCAUGGUAACCAACACAAAUUGAAAGGUGAAGCAAGGAUUCGUCAAGAGUGAGCUGCUAUUAACAAAAAUUGUCGGAUACUCGACAGAAGGAAAACAAAAUGAUAGAGAAUUUAAGCACGUCAAGAUGGUCACUCUUUGGUAAUUGCCUCUACAGCCACAUCCCACCACUGGUUAUUAGGAUGCACAUCAAUGCUAAGGCACUCAUCUCAGCUGACCUUGACCUUGGAGAAAUAAAGCUGGCCAAGUUUGAUUUUGAUGUGGCUGGGCAUUAUUCAAGGCCUGAGGUGCUUAGCCUGACCGUGAGGGACCAUCCGAGUAACCCAGUUACCUUUGCAUUGACAAGCCUGAAGGUUAUGUUUUCUUUCACGGAGCCAGGUCCAAAUCAUGGCAAUAACGCCUAGCAAAUGUUGGUCCCAGAGGGAACCUUCUGAUUGUUUGUUCAACUUUUUCGACUUAAUGGGCUAUUGUAAAUUCUGAUUGCAAGCAACAUAGUUCAUAGAUACUUCCUGCUUGAUAGUUGAGAAAGCAAUGUUAUAUUUCAGCUGCACAGUAAACAUGUCUAUAUCCUACGCAAUAGGACUCUUGUAACUAGUCUGUCUCUUGGCAAUGAAAUAAGAACAUUAAUGACUUUUCUCAUGAA